AUGACAUCAUUACCUUUUGAGAAGCGAAAAAAAUUAUGUAUAAAAGAGUAUUAUGAUAAGUCAGACCCAAUAGAGAAACCUCAAGAUUUUAGAAAUGUAGAUAAUGCAUGGAAAAAUAUUAAUCUUGUUGCAUAUACUAGUACAUUAAAGAUAGGGGCAGGUAUAGUAGUUUUAGUAAUAGAACCAACUCCCAAACCUGAAGAUAAUACUGUGUUAUUAACUGAAACAGUAAAAGAAUGUUCUUCA